CUGAACGCAUGAGCAUAUGACGGCGCCAGUCCUUUGACCCCAUUUUGGACAUCGCAGGACUGUUUUAUACAGCUACUUGCUAAUGUUGAUCAAUUAGCUAUUGCUUUAAUUUGUUGACCGGCCAGAGACACUAUCAUUGCUGGCUAGCUUCCCGGCUCAUCUGCCCAGAGGGUCUUAUUUCCUUAGCUGGAUCUUGACAUUGUUCAAGUUGUGGUUGCUAACUAGCUAGUAGCAGGGCCCAUUUUCGAUGCAGAUUGCUUGUUUCGGGAAACUUGCAUUUUCUCGUUGACUCAAUUUCCACAGAUACAAUUGAUUAUUCGCUGAGCCUAGGUACUGAGUUGAUUGUCCAUAGUGUCCUUCGGACAAAUGGAUGGCGAAGAGGACGAAUUCUUCUCCGGGAACCACUCUGAUGGUGGUGGCACCCCGGUACAGGACGAACAUGCUCCUGGUUCGGAUGGGGAAGAGGAGAUGAGGAAUGAGCCACGCCACUCUGAGGAUGAGAAUAAUGAUGGUGAGGGAGCUGCUCAGGCCAUGGAGACAAACGGCAUGGCCAGCGGGUCAGACAAGUUCCCCGAACUGGCGGACAGGGACUCUGACAGGCAGGCCCCUGGGCCUGCAGACAACGAUAACAAGGAGUCGUCCCCGCCCAAACGCAGCACCUCAGACAUGGAGGAGUCCCCGCCCAAACGCGGAGGCAGCACCUCCGACAUGGAGGAGUCCCCGCCCAAACGCGGAGGCAGCACCUCCGACAUGGAGGAGUCCCCGCUCAAACGCGGAGGCAGCACCUCCGACAUAGAGGAGUCCCCGCCCAAACGCGGAGGCAGCACCUCCGACAUAGAGGAGUCCCCGCCCAAACGCGGAGGCAGCACCUCCGACAUAGAGGAGUCCCCGCCCAAACGCGGAGGCAGCACCUCCGACAUAGAGGAGUCCCCGCCCAAACGCGGAGGCAGCACCUCCGACAUAGAGGAGUCCCCGCCCAAACGCGGGGGCAGCACCUCCGACAUAGAGGAGUCCCCGCCCAAACGCGGGGGCAGCACCUCCGACAUAGAGGAGUCCCCGCCCAAACGCGGGGGCAGCACCUCCGACAUAGAGGAGUCCCCGCCCAAACGCGGAGGCAGCACCUCCGACAUAGAGGAGUCCCCGCCCAAACGCGGAGGCAGCACCUCCGACAUAGAGGAGUCCCCGCCCAAACGCGGAGGCAGCACCUCCGACAUGGAGGAGAAGGACACCAAACGGGAUGCAGCCAGGAGCGACUCUGAGAACGAGAAUCGUCCCCCGUCCCCAGCCCGGAGCAGACACUCGUCUGCACGCAGUGACUCUGAGAUUGCGCCCAAACACAAAGCGCAGAUAGAGUCUGAUGGAGAGGAGGGCGGCAUGAAUAAAGGGAAGUGGAAGGCUGUAAUGCACUCCGACAGUGAGGAUGAGGCGGAGGCUCGGCCAUCGAAAGCAGCUGCAGGCAGUGACCAGGAGAAGGAGAGUCCCACAAAACUGGUGGGGGAAGUUAGUGAGGAUGACGACGAGAUGCCAAUGAAGAGGAAGAAAGCCAUCUUGUCAGACAGUGAAGGUGAGGAGGAGAAGGCUGACGAACCAGUGGUGAAGAAGAGCCGCGUCGUGUCUGACGAUGACAACUCCGACAGUGACGCAGGCUCGGAGACGCCCGACAAAACCAUGGCCAAACUGCGGGAACUGGGAUCAGAAAGCGAAGACGAGGAUGAUGGACAGAAGGUGGGAGGAGGGAAGAAGAACGAGAAAACACUGUUUGGUAGCGACAGCGAUUCAGGCGACGAGGAAGAGAAAAUGAUUGCAGACAUUUUUGGUGACUCUGGCGAUGAAGAGGGGGAAGAGUUUACGGGUUUCAAUCAGGAGGAUCUGGAGGGGGAUAAGAGUCAAUCUCAGGCCUCUGCGAAGAAAGCAAUGGCAGAUGACUCUGACUCUGAUGAGGGCGUGGACAGGGGUGGUGGCCAAGACACCAGUUUCAUGUCGGACUUCGACGUGAUGCUGGCUCGUAAGAAGGCCCAGAGCGGGAAGCGCCGACGGAACCGCGACGGGGGAACAUUCAUCAGUGACGCUGAUGACGUGGUCAGCGCAAUGAUCACCAAGAUGACAGAAGCUGCAGAGGAGGACAGAACACUGAACGCUCAGAAGAAGCCAGCGUUAAAAAAGCUGACCCUCCUCCCCACUGUAGUUAUGCACCUAAAAAAGCAAGACCUUAAGGAGACGUUCAUCGACAGCGGGGUGAUGUCGGCUAUCAAGGAGUGGAUCGGCCCGUUGCCAGAUAAGAGUCUUCCGGCCCUCAAAAUCAGAGAGGAUCUCCUCAAGAUCCUCCAGGAACUCCCCAGUGUGAGUCAGGAGACUCUCAAACACAGCGGGAUAGGUCGAGCCGUCAUGUUCCUAUACAAACACCCCAAGGAGUCGCGCCCCAACAAGGACCUCGCUCUCAAACUCAUCAAUGAGUGGUCCAGGCCCAUCUUUGGCCUGACAUCUAACUACAAGGGCAUGACGCGCGAGGAGAGACAACAGAGAGACCUCGACCAGCAAAUGCCGCAAAAAAGACGCCUCAGCUCAGGGGGACAGACUCCUCAUAGAGACCUGGAGAAAGUGCUGACGGGAGAAGAGAAAGCUCUGCGCCCAGGCGACCCUGGGUUCUGUGCCCGGGCCAGGGUGCCCAUGCCAUCCAACAAGGACUACGUUGUGCGGCCCAAAUGGAACGUGGAGAGCGAGUCCAGAGCAGCCCCGGUUAAGAAGGGCAUGUCACGGGUGGACAAACAGUUGCGUCGCUUCGCUGACAUAAAGCGUAUGACGAAGACGGGCCACGCGGUGAAGAUCAGCGUCCAGGGCAACCGGAUGCCCCUCUGAUUUAAAUGUUCUCUUUUUUUCCCUUCUUUUUUUUAACCUUUUUCGGCUAGGUUGAAAGCAUAGCUUUCAAUACAUAGCUUUUACUGAUCCAAUAAUAUCAGAGCUGUGAUUAUUCCGAGGGAGGAUGGAAGGAUGCAAUUAUUUAAAUAAUUUGAUUAGGGCCCGGACCCCAGUUCUGUGUGCUUUAGCCAACUCCUCUAACUUGACGAUGGUGCAUGACGAUGGUCAAAGCGGUUUGCUGAAGCACAUAGAUGAGACCAUGCUAUCGUCAAACCCCCUCAGGCCAGCCUGAAUGUAUGAUAGUGGUGUGGCUUCACCGUCUGGUUGGCCUUCGGUCCUCUAGAGAUUCAAUACGGAGUGUGGAAGAUUGGUGUUAUAGCACGAUUUUAAGGUAAUUUCCAGUUGUCGACAUGCAGCGUAUACUGAACGUUGGCCUUAAAUGUCUAUAGCGCGGAUUUUCCAUGCUCUGUAUUGAAUGUACGUUAGGCCUUUGUUUUACUUUGUUUCUGAAGAAGCUGUACAGACGUAGGAGCUGCCUGUAUGUCUUGACUGUGUGCCGGUUGUUUCCGAAGUUACUUUCAUAAUAAAGAGGGUUUCACCAGA